AUGCCCAGCACCACCCCCGCUCCAUCGCCAUAUGCGCCUAUCACCACCACCACCGCCACCACCACCACCACCACCACCACCACCACUGCCUCCUCUACAGCCGACACCGCCGACUUCUCGUGCCCACACUGCCCACGCACAUUCACCUCACGCAUCGGCCUGGUCGGUCACUUGCGAAUCCAUCGCACAGAGUCUGGCGAACCGGUGCCUGGAGCAGCCACCUAUACCCACCAAGCUCGUCUCAACUGCCCACACUGCCCUCGCACCUUCAGGCAUCGCAUGGGCCUAUUCGGCCGCAUGCGCAUCCACGACGACCUGUGGUAUACAACCGCCGAUUACACCACAAAUCCACACACUCCCUACCCUCCUCCACCAUCACCAACACACAUCACCAAUCACCCACCGCAUGCACCCAACUGCCACCUUCCACGCAAGUGGGAAGUGUGCACCUCGACUCGGUCCCCAUGCGGCUUCUGCUGCACGGGUGAUUUGAGUCCGAGACUAUCCCGACACGUCAAGCGUCAUGGAUAG